UGUGUGCCACUGUGUGUGUGGAGAUUAGGAAAAAUGGCGGUUGUAUCGACUGAAUCGAUGAUGAAUUUGUCGUCCAACGUUGUCUGCAACUUUAGUGGCUCUUCGAGAAGACCUUUGGCCGCGGCCUCUCACUCUCCACGACGCCGUAAGUUGAGUUAUUAUUCUCAGAGGGUUCGAGCUAUUUCUUCCUCUUUUCUCGCGAGCCUGAGGCUCUGUUCUACUGUUGCGAGGCUCUCAGCUUUGCAAAACAAACAACAAAGAAUGAAAUUUUCUGCCUUUGCAAUUGCUGCUGGUAUAAUUCGAUCACACCCCUUUUCUCAUUUUUUGUAUAUGUUGUUCUGUUCUUGUUGGCAAAUUUGUGUUUAUUUGUUCGGGCAAUUGAGUCGCUUUCUGGGUGUCGAGGUUAAUCUU